GAAAAUAGAAAAGAAAAAGUUUGAAAUCAUCCCUUAACCAACUAGUCCCAGAUCCAAAGUUGCAGACUUUUCAACAAUUUCAAAGUAAUUUUACCCAUAAACACAAAGAAAAGAUUAGAAGACUAAUACUUUUCUUUAAAUGCCCAUUAUAAAAAUACAAAUUAAAUAGUCUCCUACUUUGUAUGUGAGAGCUGAGAGGAAACAGAGGAAAAUCACCAGACCAGAGUUUUUCUUCUCUGGCUGCUUCUGUGGCCUCCUCUCUCUCAGAAUCGAGGUAAGGCUUUUUGUUGUGGGGAGCAAUCAUGCUAACUUGCAGCUUCUUGCAACAUCCUAGCCAUCAAUAUAUGUAAGGGAAUGUUGGAGAAAUGGGGAAGAAAGGUAGUUUGUUUUCUGCAAUCAAAGGGGUUUUUACUCCACAUUCCAAAGAGAAGCUAGUCAAUGAAGCAGAGAGAAAGAGUGGCAAAGAAAAGAGGAAGAAAGGCUUUGGGAAACUAAAGCGUGGAGAGAGCAGUUCAUUUCUUCCCAUCUUCAGAGAGCCUAGUAGUAUUGAAAAGAUUUUGGCAGAUGCUGAGAGAGAUCACAAUCUUGUUUUCAGGCCUCCUUCUCCUCCUGAUCAAUCAAAUCCACCCUCAGCCUCUCCUCCACCUCCUCUGAGGCCUGCUUCUCCGCAGUCUCCUCCUCCUAGAGAUAUUGACCUUCCAAGAUUGGAUUCUUCAAGAUCGCUUUCACUGAAGCCCCCUGAUGGAUCAAAUCCAUCAUCAGCCUCUUCUAGUACUCCUCUGAAGCCUGGAGUUCCUUCCCCUCCCAUAGUUCCUUCUCCAGAACCAACUUCACCAAGAGUUGUCUCCCCACAAACAGUCUCUAUAAAGCACCCUUCUCCAAGACCAACUUCACCAAGAGUUGCUUCCCCACAGGCUGUCCCUCCAAAGCCGCCUACUCCAAGAGAAGGCCAACUAAGGUUGGAACUACCUUCACCAAAGACUCCUCCAAGAGUAGAUGCUCCAAAAGUAGAACCAUCAACUUUGGAUGCUCCAAGAACUGUACUGCCACUGGAGAUUGUUUCUAGACCAGAGCCAACUCUCUUGGUCCAGCAUGCUUCUGCAGCAAAAAUUCAAGCAGCUUUCAGAGGCUACACGGCAAGGAGGAGUUUCAGAGCUCUCAAAGGUUUAGUCAGGCUUCAAGGAGUGGUGAAAGGAUACAACGUGAAGCGUCAGACGGUAAAUGCAAUGAAGUACAUGCAAAAACUGGUCCGUGUCCAGUCCAAACUUCAGUCACACCGCAUAAGAACGUCGGAAAACCAAACACAAGUUGAGAAAGACGAGGCAAACACAGGUGGUAAUGAUCAUUGGGACGACAGUGUGCUGACAAAAGAAGAAAGGGAUGCGAGAUCACAGAGGAAAGCUGAUGCAAUCAUCAAGAGAGAACGUUCCAUGGCCUAUGCAUACUCUCACAAGGUAACACCCAAGUCUGCUCAUGACGUUGGGCUCCCUCUAUGGUGGAACUGGGGAGAUCAACAGCUUCCUCCUGCUAGUCAUGUACCGAGCCAUUACAUGCUAACACCAACAAGACUAAGCCCAAGAUAUUCAAGAGGAAGACUAAGAGGUGGUUCUCCUUUCAAGGAUGAUGACAGCCUCACAAGCUGCCCACCAUUCCCAAGCUACAUGGCUCCAACGGUCUCUGCCAAGGCCAAAGUUAGACCAAACAGCAACCCAAAAGAGAGAGUUAUGGGCACACCAUCAUCGGUGAGAAGCGAGAAGAGGAGAGUGUCGUAUCCACCGGUGCAACGAGGUGAAGAUGUGUUUAGAUGGAGCAAAGGAUCAUUGCUGAUGAGCAAGAAAGGAUGUCCUGGUUCUUCUUCACCUGGAGGUGUGGUGGCUAUUGAGAAGCGCAAGACAGUUAAAUCUGUAGGGAAUUUGAGCGUUGAUUCUACUGUCUCCAUGCCAGCCACAGUUGGUAAGAAACGGUUUAACAGAUAUGUGUGAUUUGUUUUUGAUGGAACAAGCUUUUUGAAUGUUACGUUUGCUUCAUUUGUUGGUGGUGUUGGUUUUUGAGUGCUGCUGUAAUCUUGAUUAUGAAUUUACAGAUGUAAACAUAAUGAAAAGGAAAAACAAUGACAGAGGAUUUGGUUUGAAGGCA